AUGAAGGCUUCCGUGCUUUUGUCUCUCCUCCCUGCCCUUGCGCAGUCUGCCGUUAUUGCACCACGUCAGUCCAAGACUGGUGAUGGCAGUCAAGGUGACAGUGACGCUACUCAGGGAGACCUUGGCGAACGGCCACCUCCUCGCUUCCCUUUCCCCAUCACAAAGUUCCCUGUGGCAAAGGAGACAGUAGUCUUCGAGAAUGCCAAGUACAUCAUGCCUGGGGAGGUCUUUGAUGGUGGGAUGAAGCGCUACGAGCGUCCCGAAGGCAGCUGCAAUGAGCAGGCUGAGGGCACUGACGCCGAUACCGUCUUCAACCUGAUGCCAGGAUCUACCAUCCGAAACGUCAUCAUCGGAAAGAACCAGGCAGAGGGUAUCCAUGCUCUGGGUGAUGCUUGGGUGGAGAACGUUUGGUGGGAGGACGUGUGCGAAGAUGCAUUGACCUCCAAGGGACUCAACACACAACUCAGAGUCAUUGGUGGUGGAGCUCGAAGUGCCACAGACAAGAUCUUCCAAGACAACUCACUUGGUGGCAAGUACAACAUUACAGGCUUCUAUGCCGAGAACUUUGGCACCUUCUACCAGUCCUGCGGCAACUGCCUCAACCAGGCCAAGCGAAACGCCACCAUCCAGAACGUGGUCGCAGUGAACGGCCUGAGAAUGGGCAUCAUCAACCCUAACUAUGGCGAUGAGUUCCGCCUCAAGAACUCCCAGAUCGACAACGUCACUAGCAUUGUCGACAAGGAGAUUGGCAACAAUGUCCAAACUGUGCCCUACUACAUCGGCAACGGACCUGAUGAGAAGUAUGCUCUCUACAACGAGACAAGGGAUCACAUCAUCGACUUUGAGGGCAAGGUCACCAACCAGUACGAGCCCGAGGACCCCUAUGAGUGGCUGUCCGAGUUCUGGCCCGAGGGAUUCAACUAA